AUGAGGAUAGUACUGCUGAUAACGGUCUUCUGUGCUAUUCAAUACUCAAAAUGGGUUUGUGGGGAGCCGUUGGUGGAUGAACGAGCAACAGGAAAUUACCUGAAUUACAAUCCCACUUACGAUGACUGCGAACAAGAUGAUCCACUAGGCAUGAUCUCCGGUGCCAUCACUGACGCGCAAAUCUCGGCGUCCUCUUCAAUCACCGGGGGGGGCUGGGCGGCUAACGGCUGUGCUCCCGCCAACGCGCGACCGUUUCUUGCGAAUGGGUUAGCCUGGUGCCCGAAAUACAAGUCCUCCACUGAGUGGCUGCAAAUCGACCUUGGGGUUCGUGGAACGAUAACUGGCGUGCUUUUACAAGGACGUGGUGAUGGGAGUGAAUGGGUAGCUUCAUACACGCUAUCCUACAGUGACGACGGAUUAACAUGGCACUUUGUAAAUGAUCAUUACGGAAACCAACGGGUAAGACCACAUUCGUACAUCAAUCUUAAAUUAUACCUUAUGCAGGCGGUUUUUGAGGGUAAUUUGGACUCAUACCAAGUGAAGCACACCUACCUCGACGAGCCCAUUGUCACGCGCUUCGUCCGUAUUUACCCCUUCACAUGGAAUCGGCACCCGAGUCUCCGUGUUGAACUUAUAGGCUGCCAGCCGUGCAAACAGUUGCUUGGGACGCCGCCGUAUGCGCGCUACGGAGCCUCAACGACGCGCAGCAAGCGAAACGCAAGGACGUGCUCCCCUGAGGAUGGACACUACUUCAGCAACAAGGCCUGGUGUGCUAAGCGGCAGAACGGAAUGCAGUGGUUCCAGAUUGACCUCGGACCCCCAACACUUGUCACAGGGGUUGUGUUGAGGCCCCGCGGCGAUGGCAAGUGGCAGCAGUACGUGACUCUUUUCAAACUCUCCUACAGCAACGACAGUCUGCUGUGGUUCUUCUAUAAAGACGCUCCCCAUCUGGAUCAGCGGGUGUUCGCGGGCAACACACAAACCCUGUCUGAAAGAGUGCACUACCUCGCGUCUCCAGUGGUGGCCCGAUACAUCAGAAUUCACCCAAUAAGCUGGAAGGGGCGAAUCGCCAUGCGCGUUGGUCUUCUUGGCUGUCGGCACAAAGGCAACUGCGGGUCCGGCUUCUUCCGCAUCAACGACAAAAGCUCAUGUGUGGCUAAUCUGGCCUACAAAAAGGACGCCUGGAUGUCAGGCAAUCCCGACAAUCCAAGACGAAAAUCCUCUGCUUUAUCAUCGCCUUCAUACCUUUCCUCUCAAAAGAACCCAUUUACACCACUCUACUCGUUUUUUCCACCCGCACCAACUACUCCCCACACAACCACCUACUUCCUUGACCCCACACCAAAACCAAUCCCUCCGACCACUCCCAUUAAUGACUGGAACCUCCAUGACGUGAUGCUGGGCGACUCGGGCUACGUGAUGAGAGACGAAGUUGCCAUGCGCGCCGUUGACGGUUUUACGGGGCUGGAGGAGGUGGACGAUGGUGAGUCUGAGGACCGAAAUAAACUCUUGAAUGACGAACCGCUUGGCAAGAAUGCCAAGAGGGCACAGAGAUCUAUCUCGACGGUGGAUGCACGCAGACGCCAGUGCACCAUCCUACAAUACACCUGGCCGUUUCAAGAGACACCGGCGUGGCAUGUUGAUCUUCAGGAGCCUCUUGAAGUGCAGGGACUUGUCCUUUACACCGGUUCCCACGGAAAAGUUGAACCCUUCCGAGCUUUGAUUGCCCACAGCUUGCAAGGCACUUCGGAGCACAUGAUGCGUAUGAACAAUCUUGAACGGGUCUCCGUUUACAUUGAGAGCGAUUCUUUGACGGGCGGCAGACAACUCUGCGGUCACGUAACGCGCCUGAACGAUGCCGUUUUCUCACCCAAACUCCACAUCACCUGUCACCGACCUGUCAUUGGCCGCUAUGUCAUUAUUGAGGCGCACGGGCUGCGGGGCACGUGGCCCAAGGACUAUCUGGCGGCGCUUUGCGAAGUCCAAAUUUAUUAA